AGCCCAUCUCCCCAUUUAUGUAAAAUAAUACUUCCAGGCCUGUACCCCUGAGAACAGCCACGACCGAGAAUCGAGAAACGGAGACGGGAAGAGGCAAGGCCGCCAUGAUUCGUUGAUCCAUAUUUCGGGUUCCACAUCUCCAACUCAUAUAAUCUCCAGCCCAGUCAAAAAAAGAUCGCAGUGUUGGCAGUGAGUUAGGACCUUGUGGAUUUGGGACCAGCUUAGCAUUGUAUCCAAUAAUUGUUGGAUUAGAUUCAAGUAGAACCAUGUUUGGAUCAACUAAUGCUUUUGGACAGUCAUCCACCAGCCCAUUUGGUUCACAAUCAGCUUUUGGGCAGACAAGCAACAAUCCAUUUGCACCCAAACCUUUUGGUGGUAAAACUCCUUUUGGAUCUAAUACCGGGAGUUCUCUUUUUGGUGGCAACUCUACUGGUGUUUUUGGAGCAACACAGUCCUCUUCGCCUUUAGGUACCACCCAAGCUUUUGGUGCAUCUUCUCCUGCCUUUGGAAGCACGACACCUUCAUUUGGAGCUUCAUCAACUCCUGCAUUUGGUAAUUCAUCAUCAGCAUUUGGGAGUUCUCCCCGGUUUGGGCAAAAGCCUGGUUUUGGUGGCUUUGGAUCAAGCACCCCUCAACCAAGUGCUUUUGGAAGCUCCUUUCAGCAAUCUCAACCUGCAUUUGGAAGCAACUUAUUUGGUUCAUCCACACCGUUCGGAGCACAAAGUCAACCCGCAUUUGGUACUCCUAGCACCCCUACAUUUGGUUCGUCAAGCACCCCUGCUUUAGGUGCUUCAGCUGCACCAACAUUUGGAGCGCCAAGUACUCCGGGCUUUGGCACAACGGCAAGCCCAAAUUUUGGUAGCACUGGUAGUCCAUUUGGCAUUUCAAGUGCCCCUAUUUUUGGUUCACCCACACCUGCUUUUGGUACUACUUCUAGUGCUCCUGCGUUUGGAACCUCUACCCCUGCCUUUGGCACUGCAACCAGUCCUGCCUUUGGCUCGACAACAACCCAGGCCUUCGGUAAUUCAAGUACUCCUUUCAAUGUUGGAUCUACACCUGCCUUUGGCCAAUCAUCAUCUGCUUUCAGUAGCAGUCCUUUCAAUACAACGCCAUCAUCCUUUGCCCCUCAAAGUUCUGCAUUUGGUGCUUCAGCUUCAGCUCCACCGUUUGGCACCUUGGGUUUUGCAGGACAACCCCGGGGAAGUAGAGUGGCUCCUUACCAACCUACACCUGAGACAGAUAGCGGUUCAACAACUACUGGAAAAGUAGAGUCCAUUUCAGCAAUGCCAGUGUAUAAAGAUAAAAGCCAUGAGGAACUUAGAUUUGAGGACUACCAGGCAGGAGAUAAAGGAGGGCCAGCUCUAAGUGCACAGUCUACUGGUGGAAACAGCUUUGGCCAGUCAUCUGCCAAUCCAUUUUCAUCCACUACACCUAGUCCAUUUGCCCCAAAGUCUACAUUUGCAGUCUCAACGACUCCAGCAUUUAGUACAGCAUUUGGAACAUCAACUACACCGAACCCAUUUGGGUCAACAUCAUUGGCAACUUCUCUAUUUGGUUCAAGUCCUUCAUCAUUUGUGACAAACACCACUCCCAUUUUUGGACAGUCGAGCACAUCUGGUUUUGGACAAUCAACAUCAGUUUUUGGUUCAUCAGCUCAAGGAACAACCCCAGCAUUUGGCUCUAGCUUAGCUUUUAACACUCAAUCAACACCAUUAUUUCAGUCAACUACACCUUCAUUUGGGCAGACAGGGACAUUUGGACAAACAGGGGCAGCAUUUGGACAGACUUCCUCAUCAUUUGGGCAGAGUACACCUCCUUUUGGUCAACCAAGUCUAUUCAACACACCAUCUACUGGUUUUGGUGGUAACUUAUUUUCAAGCACUCCGUCAAUGCAAAACACAAAAAGUCCAUUAGGAUUUGGUCAAACAACAUCCUCGCUUUCAACACUUUUUCAACCACCUCAGCCUUCUCAGAACACUACAACUGGAUUUGCUGCUCCAAAUAUCUUUGGCGCUCCAAGUAUGUUUGGCCAGAACAAUUUUCUUCAGCCGUCAACCACUCAAAACUCAUUGGUUUUACAACCAGCACCUGUGAGCAAUCCCUUUGGAACCUUGCCUGCGAUGCCUCAAGUGUCAAUUGGCCAGAAAGGCAACUCUCCUUCUAUACAGUAUGGGAUAUCUAAUCUCCCUGUCAUUGACAAACCUGCUCCUGUCCGGAUAUCACCAUUGUUGACAUCACGACACCUUUCUCAGAGACGGCCUAAAUUGCCUGCAAGGAAUUAUACUCCAAUACCACCUGGAGGGCAUAAGUUGGCGUUCUUUACUGAUGGCGAAGUGACAACUAGCACACCAAAAGUAGAUGCAAUUUUUAUUCCCUGGGACAAUCCAAGAGCUUUGGUAAUUCGUCCAUUGGAGACGUGGCCCUCCAGAGCAAGUGUGAGAAAACCAUUUUCUGCAACAGAAGAGAACGGCAAAGUCCAUGAAGAUGCAUCUGCUUCUCUACCUAAUGGAGUCUGUAAGGGUGAUAAAGAAAACGGUUUUACUGAAAACGGAAGCUCUAAGGAAACUACCAGACCUCUUAAAGAGAACCGGAAACCCAAUGGUGUCCAUGGAUGCCAUCCUACCCAGAAGGGAGGCUCUUGGGUUACUCUUACUAGCCACCGCGCUGGUGAAGCAGCAAUUGUUUAUGAACACGGGGCUGACAUUGAGGCAUUAAUGCCAAAGUUAAGGCACCCUGAUUACUACACCCUGCCACGGAUCCAAGAGCUGGCAGCCAAGGAAAGGGCUGAGCCCGGAUUCUGCCGCCACGUCAGCGAUUUUGUCGUGGGAAGGAAAGGGUUUGGCUGCAUAAGAUUCAUUGGGGACACAGACGUACGAAGGCUCGAUCUGGAGUCCAUUGUCCAGUUCAACAAUCGAGAGGUGAUCGUUUAUGUGGACGAGAGCAAGAAACCAGCUGUUGGACAAGGUCUCAACAAACCUGCAGAGGUCACUCUCCUCAACAUAAAAUGUUCUGACAAGAAGACAGGUAAGAGUUGUACUGAUGGGCCAAGAGUUGAGAAGUAUAAAGAGAUGCUUAGAAGAAAAGCAGAGGAUCAAGGUGCUGAAUUCGUGUCCUAUGACCCGGUCAAUGGAGAAUGGAAGUUCAGGGUUAAACAUUUCAGCAGAUACUGGCUCGGAGAUGAUGAAGAUGAGGAGACGCCAGAGCCAGAGGAAACGUCGUCUUCAUCAUUAUCAUCAUCGUCACUGGGGCUAUCUAUCUAGUUAAAAGCAGUUUGUGCAAACAUUAUGUCAUCUUUUGUGGGGUUGAGUUGUGUCUAAUUAUUACUUUCUCCAUCUCAAAAAUUAUCUUCUCACUUUCUUAUUUGGGUCAUUCAAAAAUUAACUUCCAUUACCUUUUUUGCAUGUCUUUUAGGUUGAAACUCGUUUUAUUAGAGCAUUGGCAAUAGCAAGUCGUAUGUUGGAAUGCCAUACGGUAACGUGACACAAUACAACCAAUCAAAAAGUUCAUAGUCACAAAGUGGUACUACACAUUAGAGUGACGUA